ACCACGCACGCCACACUAAAUCCAGCCUCUUCCUCUCUUCACAUCUCCUCCCUAGUGGAAGCUGUAAUCUAAAAAAAACCUAAAAAAAACUGUUCAGCAUGUGAUUUCCGCCGAAUCUACUUCGGGCUGAAGAGGGGAGGGGUGGAAUACUUCGUAAAAAAAAAAUCCUGAAUCGCCAGCCGACGUUCCCACUUCGUGUAUCAUCACCAUCAUCAUCAUCACCACCACUGCGAUUGUUGUAACAUUUGUUCGGGUUGGAGCGAACACCGAAGAUACGAGCUUCUCCUGCUGCUGCUGCUGCGAUGAUGAUGAUGGUGGUGAUGAUGAAGAUGUCUUUAGAGUCUUAGAGAAGCCGAGCGCUGGUGCUGGUGGUGUUGGUGUGGGAUGUUGUGCUGAAGCGGCCCUCACACGGACACGCAGAUCGCCGCGGAGUCAAAGGAGGAGAAGCCAUGGAGACGUCGGUUUCACACGCGGGGAGUACCACGCACGUGAGCUUCGUGUGCCAGCGCUGCAACCAGCCGCUCAAGCUGGACACAUCGUUCGACACGCUCGACAAUCACACGACCGGCGAGCUCACAGCCCCCCUUGUGACGGUCACACCGGUGACGAGAGAAGACCCAAGUGUGGACAUAGACGUGACCAAUGAGGGCCCCUACACGACACACGGAUGCCUGGACGAGAGGCGAUGCGAUGGCGUGGUGCACAAGACCAUACCGCCAGCCAGGAUGAUGUCCAUGGAGAGUGCCAACAGCUUCACGCUGAUAGGGGAGGCGUCCGACGGGGGCGUAACGGAACACCUGAGUCGCAGGAUCAAGGUGAUGAGCGACCUGUUUGACAUCAUGUCCGGCCAGACGGAGGUUGACCACCCGUUGUGCGAGGAGUGCACGGACAACCUCCUUGACCAGAUGGACCAGCAGCUCAAGGUCACGGAGGACGAGUGUCAGGACUACAGGGAUUUCCUCAAGCGCCUGGAUUACACCGCCGGCGAGGUGGGCUGCUCCGAGAUGGCGCACGGCGGUGACGAGCAGAGCCUGCAGUCGGAGCUCGCGUUUCUCCGCACUGAGGAGGCCGGGCUCAUCGCUCAGCUGGAGGAGGUGGAGGGCGAGCGAAGGCAGCUGGCCCAGCAGAUGGCUCACCUCAAGACUGAGGCCGCACAGCUUGGCCACCAGGAGGAGAAGUACCAGCACGAGUACAGCGAGCUGAAGCGUCAGUUGCUGGAGUGCGAGGACGACCAGCGCUCCGUCGAUAACCAGCUGCGCCAUGCACAGAUGCAGCUCGACAAACUCAAGAAAACCAACGUCUUCAAUGCCACCUUCCACAUAUGGCACAGCGGGCAUUUUGGCACGAUCAACAACUUCCGCCUGGGCCGCCUGCCCAGCGUCCCCGUGGAGUGGAGCGAGAUCAACGCCGCGUGGGGUCAGACCGUGCUGCUGCUCCACGCUCUCGCCAACAAGAUGGGGCUGCACUUCCAGCGAUACCGUCUGGUACCAUAUGGGAACCACUCCUUCUUGGAAUCACUCACUGACAAAUCAAAGGAACUGCCUCUGUAUGGCUCUGGCGGCUUCCGGUUCUUCUGGGACAGUAAGUUUGACCAGGCGAUGGUGGCAUUCCUGGACUGCCUGCAACAGUUCAAGGAGGAGGUGGAGAAGGGGGACACUGGCUUCUGUUUGCCCUACAAGAUGGACGUGGAGAAGGGACGCAUCGAGGACACGGGCGGCACGGGGGGAUCCUACUCGAUCAAGAUCCAGUUCAACUCGGAGGAGCAGUGGACCAAGGCCCUCAAGUUCAUGCUCACCGACCUCAAGUGGGGGCUUGCCUGGGUCUCGUCGCACGUCAGCGCCGCCAAGUGACCGGCGACUUCGCGCCAAUCGCUGCCGUCACCAACCGGGGUGCGCUUGGCUUCCAAAACCGCGUGCCAUUUAUGUAUGUAUUUGUGUGUGUACAUAUGUUGAACUUCUUUCGCACAGUACGUAGCCAACCGCACGAAUCGGAGGUGCAGAGGGAGGGACGACAAACUAAACACAAAAAGCGGUUCUGUAGAAAUGAGUUUUCAAUCUAGAUUGAGUGGGUAUUGGACUAAUUGAAUGGGAACCCGUUAUUUAUUUCACACCUUCAGUUAUUGUACUUUUGUUAUUUGACAACUAUAUAGUCCGGCAAUAAUGAUUUUGCAAGGAAAAAUGCUUUUUUGUUUUGAGGCAAAGUACACAACUGUAAUCAUGAUAUCAUGUAAUUAUGUUGAAAUUCUUUCCCACUGUAUAUAGCCUACCAUGCUACUUGGAGGUGCGGGGGAAGGACAACAAACUAAACGCAAAAAGCAGAUCUAAGAAAUCAGUUUUUAAUCUGGAUUUAAAAGUGCAGAGCUCCUAAUAUCGGAAGGAAGAGCGUUCCAGACAGCCACGGAAACGCAUCUGAGAGCACGCGAUAUAGUGACUGUCUAUGUUCGAUGGCUAGCCAUAGGCCGCCGCAAGGAUUUAAUCAGAAGGAAAGUCAUGAUUAUUGUUUGAUGGGUGUGUGAAUGUGAAUCGCAAGUAGGUUAGCCAUAUUAUGUCGUUUUAUCUUGAUUUACCCGUUGGGAGUUUUUACGACUGAUUUGGUAGGCUUAGACAUCCGCUUGUUUAGGUUAUUUUGAGUAGCAUACGUCCAGUUAUGUUUUAGCGGCCAGCGAAAGUUCAGUUAGCGGCGAAUGUGUUUGGUUCCUGGAACCUUUUUUGAAUGUCAUAAGCCCUGCGAUGUGUCUUCGUGUCGCGCCGCGUUUUGUUCUGCACGAUGUCCAACGUUUAGCUCCAGGAGCUGAGAGCUUCUUUAAGCACGUGGAGUGUAAGUGCGCUUGGGCAGAACAGAUCAUGAGAGGGGAUGAAGGCUGGUGGUUUGGAGUUUCCUGAAGAAGCUUCCCGCACGCGGAUAGAAAUGUCGGACAUCGUGUCGAACGGGGCGCGGCACAACCAGAAACCGAAUCGGAGUGCUGGACAGCACAACCGGGAGAACCUCCGCAGUAACUUGCCGAAAGUCUGUCAGAAUGAAGGUCAUGGGUGCGAGUCGCGUGUUAUUAUUACAGAGCUUUUAAAGCUGCAAAUGGAAAAUUGUUCGAAUGUAACGAUGCGACUGAUUCGUAGAUUAAAAUCGGUUCUUUUGAUACAUGCGUUGAAGCACACUUCUGCGGGAAUUGAUUGUUGUAGGAUAUUGGCUAACUAUGUUCACGUGUGCAAGCACUCGAAAUGUAACACGUGUGAGAGUACAAUACAGACGACAGAUAUUACGAUCCAAGGCCGCAAUUAUAAUAUAUAUUGGGGGGGACACAUCCCCCCAAAUAUUCAAAUAUGCUCAAAAUGUCCCCCCAAUAUAUUGCUAUCAAAUAGAUUUCUGUUUAUAUGAUUGUGGCUAUGGUUGUACUUUAUUAAUCCCUAAUCUCUGCCAUUACAUACAAUGAAACAAGAAAAGGUAAAAUAGAAAAAACAGCAAUGUAAUAAAUACAAUACACUAUCAGACAUUGUAAAAUAUAAAUGAAAAGUCCAUCCUAUGUGUUAGUGAUUUUUUUUAUAUUUUAGGCAGGAAAUGGCAGGAAAUUUUGUUUCCAAAUUUAGAUUUUUUUUCAGGGGGCGAGAGACCCCCAGACCCCCUGGAAGAUUUGGUCCCCCCAAUGUUGACUCCAUGGCUACGGCCUUGUUACAAUCGCCUGUUGAUGAUCAACUGGCGGAAUGGAGGAACGAGAGAGGAAGCAAGACGGCACAAACGAGUUCACGCGAAAGGGACGGACAACAGAAAAGAGACGCGGCGCAAACAAGAUAGCAGCUAGGAGACGCACUGUGCACACCACACGGGGUCAAUCGGAGGAUAGAAAUUAAACGAAGCACAAGCGAGACCUUCAAAAUGAGACGGCACAAACAACACAAGCAGGGAGUUGCAGAGUACAAAAAGAGACGCGGCUUGUGUUCCAAAAGAGACGUGGCUGUAAAGAAACGAGACGGGCGGAACGCGUGAGGCAGGCAUUGAAGACGAGUCGCGGUCGAAGUGAGAUGCUCCCCGCACCUCCGAUUAGCGCGGUUGGCUACGUACGGUGCGAAACAAAUUCAACAUACGUACUUGCAGAGAAAGCCAAACUUGAUUCUCGAGUUAAAUCGCAACUCUUGAUUCGUGACAAUUCAUCCGAUCGCCGUCACGUCCGUUCAACGUCACACAAACCAAAACGCACGAAGUUCGUGAAUAGCAAUUGUGGUUACUUUUCAAAAUGCAAGGGAUGCUGCCACGCCAAUGGUGUUGCAACGGUCAGCACACCGGACUUGCCAUCCAGACGGGGUCACCGGUUCGAUUCGAUUUCCGGGUGCGGCAGUGGUGCAGGUUUAUGAAAGCCUUUUUCCACCCAGCAGAAUGGAUGGGUAACGACGUGUCAUGGUGUUACCCUUCCAAGAUGUCUGACUAUCCUAGAUGAGAAGGGCAAAAUAAUCUUGAGGGGCUGUCUAGAGCUCUUAAUAGCAGAGGUUCUUGUACCAGCAGGAGCAAAGGAUUGCAGGGCUGCACCUUUACCUUACGAACUGGACUUGCCACCAGAGGUCACCGGUUCCGUUCGAUCUCCAGGCGCAACAGUUGAAAUAGUGGUGCAAGUUUGUGAAAUCCUCUCCGCCUCUUUCUACCCAGCAGUACGAAUGGGUAACGCCGCAGUUAGUCGCGUGUGUAGUGCGGCAGGAGCAAGCAAUUGCAGGGCCGCACUUUUACCUUACGGAAAUGCAAACGGAGUUUAACUUGCCCGAGCUUCAAGGUUGCAGCCAGAUGUGGGAGAGACUUGUAAACUUGGCAAAACAUGAAUUCUCACUUAAGUUGAACCUUUGAAUUGUUGAGUUAAUUUAUUGUACAUAUAACUUUUCUUUUUUUGCAAAGAAUUGAAAACAUCUGCAUGCUGGGUGUAAACCCGCAAUCUUGACAUUGCCAGGAGCCUGCUAAGUAUGACAUGGGGCAUGAAGAUAAGAACCCAUGCUCUUGGAACGUAUAUAUAUCUGUACUAAAGACUUUGUUAUAGCAAAAAUAAAACUAUGGAAAUUGUUGCUUUUCCAAUGACUCAUUCCGCUGCUAUUUACUGAAUUAAAUCGACGAGGAACACCGUGUACUUUUGGCACGUGGUCACCAGCCGAGAUGCUUGGCAUGUGCAGAUACAAGAGUCAAUGACGCUUGCCC